GUGGCAUUAAGCCGCCAGGUGUCACGCUGCAAUUACCUGCUCUGCCAGGUCGGUCGUUCCACAUCAUGGCCGCGUCGGCAUAUCCACCACCACCGCCGUUCUACCGACUGUACAAGCAUUUCAAGUCGGACGAAGAGGAGGGAGAGGAGGAUGGGAGGAGCGAUGAAGAUGCAGACAAGACCAAGGGACCGGAUUCAGCCGGCGAGAUAGGAGGAGAGGACUGGGAUCUCCCGCCGCAGCCCCCACCACCCAUCACCGGGGCCUAUGUGAUGUACGGCCAGACUUACGGGACGGAAGACGUCCUCCCUACUCUAGAGGAGCAGGGGCUUCGUCAGCUAUAUCCUAAAGGGGUCAACGUAGAUUUCAAAAAAGAGUUGAAGGCCUUGAACAGAGAGUUGCUCUUCAAUUUUCUGGAGCUCGCCGAUGUUUUGGUUGACAGACCCUCACAAUAUGCUCGAAGGAUUGAAGACAUCGGUCUCAUCUUCCGAAACAUCCACCAUCUUCUCAAUGGCUUAAGACCCCAUCAGGCACGCACGACGCUUAUCCACAUAUUGGAAGUGCAGUUGAAACGCCGCAAGGAGGCACUGGCUGAGAUCAGACGGCGUAGAGAAGAAGCGAAGGCUCUGCUUAGGGGUGCCGAUCCGUCAUCGAAGGAGGAAGACGAAAAGCCCAAGGAAUCAAAAGACGGUGAUCCGUUGGAUAUAAAGGGUGAUCUCAUGGAGCUUGAUCAGGGGCUGGAGGGAGCAUUUGAUUUGCCAAAGCUUAUGUGAUGGAAGUCUUUUAACCUUUUGUUAUCGUCUUUUCACUGUUUUUUACCCUCUUUGACCCUUUUUUACCGAUCAAAUCGUCAUGCGCACGCAAAGGAUCCACAAUACAUGUGCAUUGUGCACCUUUCUGAACAUUCCAGAUCAGGCGGGGAUGAGACUGGUCGUCUUUUUUAUCAAAGGCCUAUCACCGCCGUUGAUUAGGCAAUAAAAUGAUUCGUUUCCAAUCAAUGGUUGGAAAACUUGGAGCGCUUUGGGAAGGCAUGGGGUCCGGGUUGGCGGUCAGGUCUGCAGUCUUGGUCUGCAUCUGGGGUCCAAAGUAUGGGAUCUGGGGUAUGGGUGUGAGUAUUGGUCUCAGGUCUCGGUCUGUGGCCAUAUAGGAUGAUGCCCUCUCUUUCUCUCUUCUCCUCCCCCUCCAUGCUGCCACAAGUCGGCCACAGCUGGCUUCUUUUUAAAAAAUAAUAAAAAAUUGAGACCCCACAGUGGUUCGGAGAGUAAAUAGUUGAGAUCCCACAACCACAAAUGCAUCACCCAUCAGAUUUUAACGGUGGGUGAAGCAGCAACUGGCUAUCUAGUCUACAACCACAAUACUGUAGAAACCCCUAAGCCACUCCCCCAGGUGGAAGCUGUGCUUGAAUAACUUUAGUUAUUUCAGCCUUGAAGCGCGCUUCCCCUGUCAUUUUUCCCAGCAAAGGUGAAAGAAAGCCAGCCGGUGUUCCAUGUACAGUCACUUCUCUAUGUGCAGAUCCAACUGGUUCAGAAAGGUCAACCUCCCAUUCUCCUUUACUUUGUCUGACUGGCAGGAUUAAAAUGCCAGGUUUGGAUAAUGCCAGCUCUGCGUACCCUUUCGC